CAGCCGUGGAAACUGUUUUUGUUACAACGAAAUAAUGCACAAUUGAGACGUUUUUAUAGCUGUAACCCGCCAUUGCCACGGCCACGGCCAAGGCCACCGCCACCGUCACCCCGGCCACCGGCACAGCAUGGACAAGCUACGCAGCGGCAGUGCAGGCACCCACCAACGUACCUCCUCCCCGGGCCAAGGACCACUGGCCGAGCAACACCAUGUCGAGCAGUAUCCCAAAAACCUGAUCGAGCAAUAUCUGCGUGCCUCCAAUAAAAUCAAAAAGUUCGAGCGUGCCGGCUUUUUCAAACGCUUUGCGCCCAGCGUGAAUGAUGUACAGGCGGACUUCCAGAGGCUGGCGUACAGCUUCGAGGAGUCGGGCAUCAUGCAGUACGCGGCCAUGUGCCACAUUGGGUAUGCCAAGUGCGAGUCCUUUGGCGGGGCGCCGCAGCGGGAGUCGGAGGCCUAUGUGAGAGCCGCCCGCGCCUUCCUGCAGGCCCACAACGAGUUCGGGCUCCUCCACCUGCGCACCCAGCAUUGUGGCUUCCGGGAGGGCGCCAUUCACUGCUACCACAAGGCAGCGGAGCGCGUUGUGGACGGCUGCGUCUUCAAGGCGGCCAUUCUCCGCGAGCUGCAGCAGCUGCAGCGGCAGCUGGACCGCACCAGCAGCUUCGCCUCGCCCACCCACCAGAUCCACGACCUGGAAAUGAGCGCCGACCUGAGCACGCAGCGCGAGGACUACCGCAGUGCCCUCCAGCACUACGACGACAUCGUGGACAACAUCUACGAGCGUCGUGGGGCGCUGAUGUACAGCGAGCUGCUCAGGCGUGUGGAGGUCCUGCGCCUGCUGCUGCUGGUCCACCUGAAUCUGCCGCCUGCCCGGCAAUCGCCAGCCCACAUCAAGCUCAUCGAGCACUACUACAGCCUCGCCCAGUUCGAGGCGAGCCCCUGUCCGGGCUACAACAGCGAGCUAGUGGAGCGGCCCGGCGCCUUUGUGCCCCAGCAGCAGCAGUACGCCCUCGCCGAAAUCAUCUGUGCCUGGGUCGAGCGCAAAAUGUGCGAUCUGAAGCACCUACUCCGGGACUUUGCGGCCGAGUUCAGUUCGGCUAGCAAUGCUGAGCGCCAGCUGCUUAAACUGAUCUACGCGGACCUCUCCACAGUGUACUAGUCGCGUGCGAGCACGGCUCGUCACGGCAUUCAUUGUACGAUUACCAGUACCAUGGAUUGUAGCAUAGUAUAUGAUACGAUACAUACAUAUAUGAUUAUUUUAUUACGAUUAUUGAUUAGCGUUAGCACACGUAACUAGUAUUGCUUAAGUGUAACCAAGUCUACCAUUCAACCUUUGAACGUGCCUACACUCGUACACGCAAGAAACGAGAAAACGAACCACAGACCAGAAGCGGGAAGCAGCAGGUAAGGGAGGAGGCGCUCUUCGGCGCACCGAAGUCUAUAUACCCUUGCAGUUGGACGGACGACCAUUUAAAGGCUAUUGAGUAUUGAUCGGUCCCUUCUGUUCGGUCUGCUGUUGAACUUUAAUACCAAUAGGAAUCCGAUUUGUUUUUAAAAUAUAACCUCCACCGCUCUUUCCAAUGGCAGCUGUAUGAUAUAGUCAUCCGAUUUGUAACCCAUUUGGCAUAAAUAACAACAAAUUCUUAUUUCUUCGAACUGUAUGUCUCGUGAGAUAUCACCUCACCCCUAGAGGUUCUGUGAAAUGAAGCAGGAAACAUCGGGACAAAUCCCCAAAUAGACCGGCGUCUUCCUCUUUAUUAUCAUAAUCAAUAUAUAGUCGAAGUCGAAACAAGGCCUUGUAAUAAUACAAAUAAUAAUGGCCAAGAGAAUAUAUACUAUCAGGAAUGCAGACCAUGUGCCAAGCAGCAUAGGGGUGACCUAAAGCAGAGUUUGGUUGAAAAAUAAAAUAGUAUGUCCCUCUACUCUUUUAAUACCCGAUAUAGAUGGUAGUGUCGGUGGUGCUUCCUCUGCAAGGGUAUAUAUGAAAACCGUGCAACAAUAAAGGGAAUCCGUAUAUGAUACAUAUGUAAAUGCGCUAACAAUAAAUGUUAUAAGUCAUCUAAUAGCACACAGAUUUGAAAAUUGUACAAUAAAGCAAAGCAAAUGGAGAUUACCUCA